CAGCAGCAGUAGCAUCUGAGCCGAGCUUGGAGUGAAAUGAGAGCAUGUGAAAAACUGACAGUAACGUCGAAGAGGAUCCACCAUGGCUGCUGCCUUCUUCAUCUUGCUUUCCUUCUGCUUCCUCCGGAUCUACGCAGUCGAUGUUGUGGCCCCACCAGAGAACUUGACCAUGAUCACCAUGAACACCAACUACACACUACACUGGGAUUGGGACCGGAGUUCUGCAGAGGGCCAUGCCGUCACCUUCACCACACAAUAUGUGGCGAGGUUUAAGCUGAAAUCAAAGAAAAAGAGUCCGAACUGGUCCACAGUAUGUGAGAAGACGUCCCAGAGGUCAUGUGAUCUUACCAGGGUCAACCUGUUCUACUCAGGCAUCUUCAUGCUUCGUGUACAAGCCAAUGUGGACGGGCGUCAGUCGGACUGGGUGCUGAAGGAAUUCUGCCCUGAUAGAGAUGCUGCUGUGGGUCCUCCAUCCAAAGUGGAUCUUUCUCCUGCUGGAAGUGACCUGGACGUUAUCCUGGUUGAUCCUCUGACAAGCACCAACAUCAGCAUGAGGGUAGAUGUUCCUGACCUGUCCUACCACAUCCUCUACUGGGAACGCUCUGAAGAUGCACAGACCCCCGAAAUCCAGACGUUGGCAAGCCGUGUCAACGUGGUGACUUUGCCACACCUGAAGGCCUGGACUUGGUACUGUGUGAGGGUCCAGUCACUCUGUGGCCCCAACAAGAGCAGCAACUUCACCUCAGCCCACUGCAUGCAGACCGAAGGUCCCAUUCCAUGGUGGCAGGUCUUCUUGUACUUCCUGGGCUCGCUGAUGAUCUGCUUCCUGGUUGUGCUGUUCGUGGUCUGCUGCUCCUAUUGGUGCUGUAAGACUGUGAAGGCAACGUUUUACCCCUCCAUCAAGCUGCCUGCACACUUCCAGUAUCUGUGUGACUCUUCUGGGUCUGACAUCCCUCGCCUCCUCACCCCUGAUUCACAUUCAGCGCUGUUGUGUGAUAAGGUGACUGUCUGUCCAGAACCACCAGCUAUUGAAAUCCACAGCCCCCCUGAUACCCUGCCGGCCCUCCCAUUGGACCUGGAGCCAGACAGCAGUGGCAGACACAGUCGUCAGGACAGCGGGAGCAGCGGAGACUCAGGAGUGUACUCCACGGGGGGCAGCGCCAACCUGCAGCAGCCCAACAGCAGUCAGUCGUCUGCGGGGGCCCAAGACUCUGGGCAGGGCCCCUUUAAACUGGAGCAGGUGAAGAUGCAGGACAUCAGUAUGUCCUGCAUGGCGUCAGUGCUCAAGACUCAACCUGUGGUUGCAGACGAAGGCAUUGUAGACUUGUGUGUGUGAAGGCAUGCUCACCAAGAGAUGUUUGUUCAGAAGAGCAUGAAAUCAGGAAGAAGGAUAUUUGUUGAAAAUUUGCAGCUUUCAUUUUCUCCAGCUGUCACAAUGACACUAGGAGAGGAAGAGGUCAUGUCUCUUUAAAAAAAGACUAUUUACAGAUACAAGGAACAAAACUGAUCUGCUGUGAUGUCACUCCGUGUCCAACUCCUACUCUAUUCAGGAAAGACGUGGUCUUCACCCUCACGCCGUCUCCAACAGUCACUGUCCUAGCCUUCAUGCUGUGAGAGGUUUACUGCUCGCUCCAGUCUGAUAAAAUGUGCUUGAGAGGAUUGGAGCCAAUCUGUGUAACUGUCAGUGGUGGAAAAAGUAUUCAAUCUCUUACUUAAGUAAAAGUACUAAUACCAUACUGCAGAAUUAUUCCACUACAAGUACAAGUCCUGCAUGCAAAACCUUUCUUAAGAAAAAGUACAUCAACAUGUACUUAAAGUUUUAAAAGUAAAAGUACUCAUUAUGCAGAAAGGCCCCACUCAGAUUUUUUAUUUGUAAUCUAAAUAUAUUAUUGGUUUAUUUGUAUUGAAGCAUUUAUGUGAGCAGCGUUUUAGAAGAUAUUGCUCAUUUAUACUGCUUUAUAUACUGUUAUACUGACUUUAAAUUCAUGUUUUUCAUGUUAAAUCUCCGACUGAAAAGUAACUAAAGCUGCCAGCUAAAUGUAGUGGAGUAAGAGGUGCAAUAUUUGCCUCAAAAUGUAGUGAAGUUGAAGUUACAUAAAAUGGAAAUACUCAAGUAAAGUACAAGUACCUCAAAAUUUUACUUGCGUACAGUACUUGAGUAAAUGUACUUACCUACAUUCCACCACUGGUCAGCAUCAAAAAUGUUUUAUUUUAAAAUGUAUUUUGUGCAUAGUAUAAGGAGCUUAAAGGUGCUGAUUAGGUAGCAUUAAUACACAUAAGCUCAUGAGGUCACAGUUCACACUAACAGUGGAUGUGGAUGCAGAAGAAUUGGAGGCUUUGAAUGGACUCAACCUCUUGUCUGUCUUUCACCUACAGAAAAUUGCAGUGAUUGCAGAUUCUUUCACAAAACAUGAUGCUAUCAGUAGGGAACAGGAGCACAUCCAGGCAGCUGCUGCUCUGCAGUGAUUCUUGCUUCUGAAGGUUUUAAUGUUCAGUUUCUGUUCCUCUGUUCUAGAGAGUUGUAGGAUCAGCAGCUGUUCAGCUGUUCAGCUGUAUUGUGUUACUGACCAGCUUUUUUUUAUUUUUCCGAUCCUUACUGAUGCAAGUGGGCUGGACAAAAUAGUAAAAAACAAUUCAAUAACAACAAUGGCAGUGCUGGUCAGUGCCAGUUAGGUUAAAUAUUGAAAUGUUGUGUUGAAUCUGUCAGGGGAGAAAUUCACUUUAAACAGGGUAGUUUGGCCUUAAACGGGGAUUGCUGUUGAUAUCCAACACCAUCCAAAACUGCUACUUGCUGAAAUUAAUCCACAUGAAAUGAAACAGCUCAUCAUUUUCAUCUAAUUAGCAAAGAAAUUGAAUUUGAUGUUGAUUUCAGAUAGAACUAAUAUGAAAGCAAAGGUUUGGUGCAUGUUAUUUGUGUGUCUCUGUUGGCCAGUACUCAUUUUAACACAAACGUUUGAAUACAUUUCUAUUCAAACAUUGAUGAUUCUUAUAGAAUCUUGCUGCCUUAUUAGAUUAAUUUGCUUUUAUGACAUUUCAUAUGUAUCAAACAUUAUUUACUUACAUUUGUCAAUGGAGCUUCUAGAUCAGGGAUGGGCAACUGGAGCCCCGGGGGCCACAUACGGCCCGCACCCUCACUUGAAGUGGCCCUCAGUACAACUACAUGCAUUUGAGCAUGAAAUCUUAAAAGUGCAGUGUAAAAAUGCACAAAAUUACUUCUUGCAAUUUAUGCUGGUCUGCUGUUCUUGCUCUAAAAAAAAAAAAGAAAUAAGUAAGUGGUUAUUUUUCUAUUUGCUUCAAGCCUUUUGUAUUCCUAUUAUGUUA